UUUCAUUUGAGCAUUCGGCUUGUGACGUACAAUAUUGAGAACGCGUUGCUCGCCACAUCAACGGACAGUAUCAGAAUAAUUUCAAAUAACUUACAAGCGUUCUAGGGUGCAUGAAGAUAAUACAAUUUGUAUGGUUCCAAUGUGUUUUCUUGCAAAGAGAGUUCCGUUAUCUUUUGCCCGACUUUUCGAAUAAAACAUCCAACAAAACAGUUUUCAGUACAAAAAAAGACGACGGCUUGUUGUGUAAUCGAAUCUAACCAGCCGUUGGAUGUUGAUAAGGAAGUGAAUCAGGAUCGUCAAUAUGUACACAAGUUGUCGCGUGCGUAAAAUAUGCUAUCCGUAAAUGCUUCCAGCUUAUCAGUUUGCGCUAAUACAGGUAGAAGGGGAAACAGUGUUUAAAAAAGCCUAUCAGAGCUCAACACUGGACAACUCGUGCAGAAUGUAACAAGAAAGAUGAUAAACUACUUUAUUCGAUAGCCGAACAUGUUACAACGAUCCAUGAACUAUAAUGUAUCCAGCAAGAGUAUUAUUAACUUUGCUCCUGUUAACAUCACACUGUUACGUGUCUCUAUUAGAAUCAACGGGACACUAUGAUAGAGAGAGCGAUAAAAUCCCUUCAGAAAAUCAGCCUAAACCUCAUCACUCGGUCCUUCCAGUGUUCAGCUCACAGGAGGGAGAAGAUGACACACUUCAUCCAGAUGCAACAAGAAAAAGGAGAAAUUCACCACCUGUAUUUUCAGCGAAUCAGGUCGAAAAUCGUAAACCAACCUUCAAUGAGUGUGAUAACUACAAGCCAAUGCUAAAGGAGGAACAGCCAGUUGGUACGCCGGUCCUGCACGUGAAUGCAAUCGAUCCAGAUCCAAAUCAAACUAUCGAGUACAGCCUUAUGACAACACCUGGUGAACGAGUACGCUUCCGAAUUGAUAAGAACACGGGAGAAAUCACAACGGUCCACGUCUUUGACCGAGAUGAGCCGAUCCGUGAGAAGGAGAUCUACAUCUCUGUGAGGGCGACAGACAAUGGGCGACCUCGACUAGACGAUGUUUGCACGCUGAAGGUAAAAAUUGUAGACAUCAACGACAAUCCACCAAUAUUUGACAAGGUACGCUACGAAGAGUCGGUAGCGAAAGAUAUGAAGGUAAACCAGCGCGUUGGUACUAUCUCGGCGACGGAUAUGGAUGACGGCGAUAACAGUCUCAUCAAGUACGAACUAUUGCAGAGUCUCCCAGGCAGCAGUUUCUUUCAGAUUAAUGAGAACAAUGGUUUAGUUACCCUGGUUAAACAGAUCGAUCGUAGUCCUGGCCAACAUUACUUGAUCCACGUGAGAGCAUACAAUUUAAACCAACAGGGCGAACCCGUGCAUCAUACAGAUGUGGAAGUAAAAAUACACGUCAUGGAAUCGAAUAAACGGUCUCCAUACUUUUCCAAGUUACCAGAAGAAACGAUUGUGCUGAAUGAAACGUUUAAAGAUUACUCCAGGCCGAUAGCAAUAUUUGAGGCCAAUUCAUCCAUCCCAGAGAAACCGGAAGUCAUCUUCGAACUGACCCAAGGCCGAACAGAGGAAACAAAUUCAAAGCACACGUUCCUACUGGAGCAGCUGAACAACAUGGCCACGAUCAAGCUGGGUAAGGCGCUCGAUUAUGAAAUCAUAGCAGAGUAUACUCUCACAGUGAGUGUUAAGAAUUCGGAUGACCUGAUUGCUGAGGCCGUUCUAAAGAUCCAGGUGUUGGAUGAGAAUGAUAUUAUACCGGUGUUUCCAGAAAUGACGUCCGGUGCAGUCCUUGAAAAUGAACCACCCGGAACACAGGUAAUGGUAGUAAAGGCCUAUGAUCUGGAUGGCACACUGGCCAAUAAUAUCGUGUCGUAUCGAUUCGAGGACGAAAGUCAACAUUUGUUCCACAUUAAUAAUGUAACGGGUCAAAUCACGACACUGGCAUCGCUUGAUCGCGAGCAAACUGAUUCUUAUCAGCUCAAGGUAGUAGCAGAAGACAAUUCUCCAUCGGCACUGUAUCGAAAUGGUAAGCCAAACAGUAUUACCAAGCUCUUAUUCAUCAAGGUGAUGGAUAAAAAUGACAAUAAGCCAGCGUUCACUAGUCAGCAUUUCGUGGUAGAGGGCGUGCCGGAGGACGAGAACAUUAACACGCCAGUUAUUGAGGUGACAGCAAGAGACCCUGAUGCAACAUCCCUGUUAUCUUAUACAUUUGUCUCCGGUAAUGAAGGACUUGCUUUCAAAAUUGACAACAACACCGGUCGUAUCUCGAUCAACAACCGGCUCGAUUACGAGACGGUACGUGAGUACAAGCUGAUCGUUCAGGUUGAUGAUGGGAUCUUCCAGGACAACGCGACAGUCUCUAUCAAAGUAAAAAAUGUCAACGAUAACCCACCACGCUUCACAGGUCUUCGUAAUGUAACGAUACAAGAAGAAACGAUCCCAUCCGGGUGUAUAAUGACCGUUCAGGCGUAUGAUCCAGACAUCGAGAAUCGAACCGAUCCGCAGCACAUUCGAUUCUUUUACGUUGACGAAUACGAUGAUGCGAUAGAGAUCGACGAUAGUGGAUGCUUGCGGGUCAAGAGAGCGCUCGAUCGUGAUCCCCCGCUAGGCUCCAAGCGCUGGCAGUUUAUUAUCACCGCGACGGAUGAGGAUGGUGCGGGCAAGAAAACGCCAGCCACUGUGAUCAUAUCUUUGGAAGAUAUCAAUGACAACGCACCUCGACUAUCGAAUGCAAUGCCAGUCGUUUGGGGCGAAAACAGGCCGCCAGGUUUGAUUGUAAAACUGACGGCAGAGGACGCGGACGAGGCUCAGAACGGACCACCGUUUCAUUUUAGCAUCGAUCCGAAUGCGCGUUAUGAGAUCAAGAAACGUUUCAAAGUUCAUGGCGAGGAACUGCACGCGUUGGUUGAGUUCGAUCGAGAGGAGCAAAAGGAGUACCAAAUUCCCAUCCUCAUUAGAGACUCUGGUGAAGAACCUAUGAGCGCUGUCAGCAUGCUACAUCUGGUAAUCGGUGACGACAACGACAACAAGAUGAGGCCAGGUAAAAGUCGCAUCUUCGUGUACAACUACAAAGGAGAAUCACCCAACACGGAAGUUGGACGCGUGUACGUCGACGAUCCGGAUGACUGGGAUCUUCCAGAUAAGACGUUUAUAUGGGAUUAUGCUACCCGUCAUCACUCGGUAGCCUUUUUCGAUUUAAACAGUGACACAGGUAUGAUCACCAUGCUUCAAGGUACACGUGGGGGAGAUUAUGAACUAAACUUCCACGUGAUUGAGCAGUCGAGUCAUUUCCCGCGCCAUAAUGUCACAGCCAAAGUGACAGUAACGGUGAAAGAAAUCCCAGAGGAGGCAGUGGAUAAGAGUGGAUCGAUCCGAUUCCAUAAUGUAACUGCGGAAGAAUUCGUAUCGCGCACACCUGGUCAGCUCACAACGCCCAAAGAUCGGCUGCAGGCGAGCAUUGCAAACACGCUCAACGUUAGCCGAGAGAACGUGGAUGUGUUCACCGUGUUGAAGCGCGACAAUGUCAACGGAACCGUCCUGGACGUUCGGUUCUCGGUCCAUGGCAGUCCUUAUUAUGCACCUGAACGACUCAACGGAAUGAUGGGCUAUCAGCUUCAUCAGUUGGAAGAGGACGUAGGUCUUUCGGUGCUUAUGGUGGGCAUUGACGAGUGUAUCGAGGAGGGUCGUAACUGUGAGCUAUCGUGCAAGAAUACGCUCUACAAAUCGAACGUCCCUAUCGCGGUAUACACCAACACCAGCUCGUUUGUGGGUGUGAAUGCCUUCGUACAAGCAGAGUGUGUGUGUGAGGCUCCAUCACCGUCGCUCACAUGUCUCAAUGGAGGUUUCUUGGUGAACGAUCGCUGCUCCUGUCCCGAGGGCUUUGAAGGUCCUCACUGUGAGAGGCUUGGCAUUGGGUUCUAUGGCAGUGGAUAUGCGCUUUAUCCUCCGAUCAGUCCUUGCAACAUGACGCGAAUAAGUGUAGAACUAUCACCGCAGCAGGAAGAUGGCUUGGUGAUGUACAUCGGUCCACUCAGCUAUAAUCCUCGUCUGCCUGUGCAGGACUUCUUGGCGUUGGAGCUCGUGAAGGGACUCCCUGUGUUGCUGCUCGACUACGGCAGUGGUACCAUUCGUAUCGAACAUCGGUAUCGAUUCCCCCAGGGUAAGCCAUUCACCGUAGAGAUCGUGCUUCAACCGCAAACAAUCGAGAUGAUCGUCGACAACUGCAAGCUGUCCACGUGCAUGAGUCUAGAUGCGCCAAAGGGACCAAAUCGGUUCUUAAACGUGAACGCGCCACUGCAACUCGGAGGAGCUGCCGUCAACCUAGACUACCUCGGAUCGCUGUACAACUGGACGUACGUGCCACAGGACAAGGGUUUCAGUGGCUGCCUGCGCAAUCUCACCAUCAACGAGCGGACGUACGAUCUCGGACUGCCCAGCCUAGCAAAGAAUGUCAACUCGGAAUGCAUUAGUCGGUCUGUAGCUCUCAUCGCAUCCAUUGGCUUUACGUCGUACUACCUAUACGUAAUUAUCGCCUGUAUUAUUUUGUUGAUCGUGCUACUAUUUUUCAUAAUUGCACACAAGACGAGCCAUAACGAAUGGCAUGACAAAGAGAUGGACCAUCCACGGGGCACGGUCGUCUAUUACGAGGAGGAGGGUGGAGGAGAGUGUGACACUAUUUACGAUCUCAACGCGGUUCUAGGACACCUAAACCUGAUGGACCUGGACACAAUUCACUAUGCGAAUAUUAACAACGAUCAAUACCUUGGAACGUUCCUCCUACGCAAGAGGGCUGCUUGCGACCAAGCUGUUGACGCUUACCCACAAGACGAUGUGCGAUGCUAUGCGUACGAGGGUGAUGAGACCAGCUACCAGUCACUGUCGAGUCUGGCCUCCUUUUCUGGUUCCGAGGGGGACUUAAAGCUUCCCAAUCUAUCCUUGCCACCAGAUUUACAGAUGCUUGCUUACAGCUACGGCGAAGAGUCGAGCGACACAGAGAAAUAAGAACGAAUUUCAUAGCAGUAAUUGUAGUUUGAUCUUGUUUUCUAGAAAAUAUACAGUUUUACUACAACCAAAGCCACCAAACUUACCA